GCCAAUCAGCUGCGGUUGAUGCAGUUUAAGCAGAGCCGCUGACAAAGAGCAGGAUCAUUGGCGCUCAGUGUGGUCGCCGCGGACGCUUAUUUCCCAGAAAGGAAAGGGAGCGACUGUGCUUCGACAACAUGGAGUCCCUCAGUGUGUCCCACGGACUCUGAAUCUUCACCAUGGACGUCAGCUUCCCACACAACAGCUCGAAGGUACCGGAUAGUCCUAAGAGACCGUGUGUCAAAAAAAGGAGGGAGGACAUCUGUUUGAACCCGAGGCGGUGACGACAACCCCCCGCGUGUUCAGUUUUGCCGCUUGAAAUUCUGUCCGUGGACACGAUGGACUCCGUGAUGGGUCCUCUGAAGGAAGGGUCCGAGAAGAGCUCCGUGGAGUGCUCGGCCGGCCCAGGGCUGCUGCUUGUACCCUGGACCCGACACAUCCUGGCCGUGCUGUGGGAGCAGGUCCGACUGCUCGCGCAUGUCAUCUACUACAGCUUCCUGGCAGUUUUCCAGAUGUUCCGCCUCGAGGUGCACCUGAGAAUCACGGAUGAGACGGGUCGUCACGUGCAGCACGUGAGCGCGGCGGGAAACGCGGCCGAGACUUUCAUCCUCUCCUCUUUGUUCGAUGGCGGCGGAGGAGGAGGCGGCGGUGGGGGAGUGAUCGCCACCCGCACGACCCCCCUGGCCUCGUGCGGAGUGGAGUCCCGGGCUGGGGCCCUUUUCUCGACCUUGCGGGGGGACGAGCUGUGCUGCAGUCUGGUGGACGACUUUGUCCUGCGAGCGGCGGAGUGUCUCUCGGAGCCCGGGGGCCAGCUGUGCUUGGGAGAGUGUCCCAGCUGGACAUCGGGGGACAGUGGGAACUGGGAUGUGCUGCUGCCUGGAGACCCGGUUGAGGCUUGUCACGGGAAGGAUGCCUCUGAGGAUGCACCCGGGAGCGAGACGCCUGUGGACUCUUUUUGGGAUGAUGAUGAUGAUGAUGAUGGUGAGGUUCCUGCCAGUGAGGACAACCAGGCAUUGUGGGAGUCCUUCACAAAGUCCAGUGACCCCUACAAUCCCUUUAACUUCUCAGCCUGCAUCUCGAGCUGCUCCCCACGGGGGACCAAAAAGGAGGACAGUGGCAGAGGAUGGAGUUUAGAUGUGGAGAGCAAGGGCGCCAAGCACCAUUCUCACAACAGAGCAGCAGAGACGCGCUGCCUGGACAUUGGCUGGGACAGCGAGAGCGACUGGGAGAGUUCCAGCGACUGGGAGGGUUCCAGCAGCUCGGAUGCCGAGGGAGACACCGAGAACGAGAAACUGUGGGAGCUCUUUGUCCGUCCAGCAGACCCCUACAACCCCAUGAACUUUACGGCGUGUGCCUCCAGCUCUGGCCCCAGGAGGACUGACCCUGUGGGAGGGGUUCCUUUGCAGGGUCAGGCAACUAGGGACCUCGUGGAUGGCCCGGCCAAUAGCGAAGCGGACAAAGACGAUGGGGAGGGGACGGACGGCGACGAACACCGCCGUUCGGAUGAUGACGAGCUGUGGAACUCGUUCUCCCAGAGCUCAGACCCUUACCACCCGCUUUGUUUCCGCGCUUGUCUCCGAAGCUCCCCUACGCGUCGGGACGCAGUAGGUCCUGGCGCUGAGGCACGGAGCUUACAGAGGGUUGUGAGGUCAAAGCCAUCUUUGCCAAAGAGACAAUUUAAACAUCGCUGUCCCCAGCGGUGCCCUGACAGUCCUCAGAUUGUCCCCUGGAGAAAGAGAAAGACAAAACCAGGGCACACACCUGCUGUAAAUGUCCAGAAAGAGAGAGAGCCAAUUCUCCCCAAGGUUCGGUUCUCCCCAGUUGUCGAGGUCCACGUCAUGCGGUCGUGGUCAUUCGCUCUGCAGGCCUCCCGAAGGGGGCCGUGGGAGGAGAUGGCCCGUGACCGCGACCGUUUCAAGAGGAGGAUCGCGGAGACGGAGCAGGCCAUUGGUUACUGCCUCCUGCCGUCGCACAGGGAGAAGAUCUUGGCCCGGCUCCGUGAGGCUGAGGAGUCCCCCCAUGCCGUGGUCAAGUCCUGAUCUUGAAAGUGAACUUUUUUCCACCUAAAAGACAUUCAGUAGAACUAAUCCUUAUGGACUAAAGGUCAUCAGCAUCAUCUGGAGUCCAGAACUCAUGGAACAAAACACCACCACUUUGCGAAGACCUCAUUUAUCUCAAAACCAUUGCACUGAUGUUUUACCUUAUUUAUUUGUAAAUAUGUUGCAUACUUUUAUACGCCUUUUGCAUUUAGAAUGUAUAUUAAAAUCAUGUCAAGCUUCUA